AUGCGCGUUUCACAAUCCCUCGUCGGUGUUCCGAUGGCUUUCGCCUGCAUCGCCUCAGCGAGUACUACCAUCCCACUCAUCUCGGCAGAAUAUGGGACAGUGUUUGAUGCUCCCAUGACAAUUGGAAAUCAAAGUUUUCAUAUGUUGGUCGAUACUGGCAGCAGCGAUACAUACGUGAUGCAGGACGGCUAUACCUGCAUUAACCGCACCGGCACCUUAGCAGUCCCCAGAGAAGACUGCAAGUACGCGAAGUCCUACCACCCCUCCAAUACACUACGCCGGAUUUCAGGCCAGAACUUCGGGAUUGAAUAUGGCGCGGGUAUUGCCAGUGGCUAUCUAGCAUACGAGGAAGUUUCACUAGGCAACAUCACCGUCAAGAAGCAGAAAUUUGGCAUUGCAGACAGGUCCAAUCCAAUGGGCGAUGGGGUGAACAGCGGUCUUCUAGGCCUGGCUUAUCCCUCUAUCACGUCGGCGCACCCGGGAAACAGCUCAGACAAUACCACAUACUGGUACAAUCGUCUGCCUUAUGAUCCCUUGGUCAACACAAUGCACAAAGAGGGUAAAAUCGAGCCCAACUUCAGCCUUGCAUUGGCAAGAUCUCCGCAAAACCAAUCUACCUCUUUCGGGGGCUACUUGACCCUGGGUGGUCUUCCCCCCGUCAAGUCCGACCCUGAAUUUGCGGUGACUCCCGUCGAGUUCACAGAUAUCCCGCUUAAUUUUACCUCCGGCAAACGUGUACUCUCAUACUGGACGACAACAAUCGAGGAAGUCACAUUUGGCCCUUCGUCCAACAAUCUCACCACAAAUUCCACAAAAUUCCAGGCAUUCAUUGACUCUGGAAACUACGUGACUUAUCUUCCAUCUGCCGUUGUGGAGCCAAUCAAUGCUCUCUUCUCGCCUCCUGCCAUAUACAACAAGGACUUAGAGGCAUAUGUCGUUGACUGUUCCUCGCAACCUCCGCAGUUUGGAUUGAAACUUGGAAACCAAACCUUCUUCCAUAAUGGUUCUGAUCUCAUAUUUCGGGUUGACGAUGUAUGCGUGUCGAGCCUGUUUCCUUCCGACAAAGUCUCCCUUGGAGACAUUACAGUGAAUAUUCUGGGUGUACCCUUUUUGAAAAACGUGCUUACUGUCUUUGACUUUGGAAAUGACGAGGUGAGGUUUGCAAAGUUACUAGAAGUCAAUGAGAAUGGCACAAGACUUCCUGGUAAUGAGACUCAGUCUCCGGAAUUCUCAAUUGCUGCACGGGGAAGUUCGAUUCCCUCUUGGGGCUACGCUGCAUUUGCCUUCAUUCUGAGUUUCUCUUGGACUCUAGGUCUUUCAUGA